GAAGAAAAAGACAUUCACCUUGGAAGAAAUCUAUAUGAACAAGAACUAUGUGGAACCACCAAAAGCACGAGCUUUUGAAAAGAUUUUUGAAGAGCCCUUUGAGAAAAAUGGGAAACUUAUCUUCACGAGCCAGAGGAAAGUCAAAUGCUUCAUGGAAUUCUUUGAUGGGACCUUGCAACAAAAACCCCAAAAGUUCCACAUUCUGAGACGCCUUAAUCGUAAAAAUAGAGGCCAAUGCAAAGAAAAGGGUCCAGACUGGGAAGCCCUUUUAUGCCAGAGACUUGCUGAACUUGAUGCAGUGGGUAGUGAAGCAGAGGAAGGGACUUCCACUGAGAACUGUAACACGAUCCCAUGAGCAGAAACAAAUUAGAUACUUCCAAAGUACUCCAUCAAAGCUUAUCAUGACUAUACA